CACCACACAAAUCGUUAAUCUAUGUAUACUUUAUGCAAUUUCAAGUUGUCAAAGACGUUGGAGCUGCUACAACUUCUCAACCUCAAGAAAUCUACUCUUUCAUUUUCGACUUGUGUAAACUCGAGGUUAAACUCACGUGUAAAUAUCAUCGAGGUCGUGGUGUACGAGAACGUAACAACAUCAACAUUCACAACGGAAAUCAAGAGUUUAGAGGGAUCUUUUAUCGGAGAUAUUAGAAUCAUGGCGGUUACUGCUACCAAACCAAGUUCUUCAGCGGUGGAAGAAAUUAGCGGUGAACAAAUCCAUAUACUUGAUGCAGCAGAUGAUGCGUUUGGAGGAGUUGUUGUAGAGAUGAAAAAGCCAAUAAAUGCAAAUGUAUUUGAUACUUCGCUUCGAAAAUCAAUCUCUCACUGGAGGGAACAGGGGAAGAAAGGCAUAUGGCUUAAAUUGCCUAUAGAGUUGGCAAAUCUUGUUGAAACUGCAGUCAAGCAAGGAUUUUGGUAUCAUCACGCAGAACCAACUUAUUUAAUGCUUGCAUACUGGAUUCCCGAAACGGCUCAUACUCUCCCGGCAAAUGCUUCCCAUACAGUUGGCAUUGGCGCUUUGGUUAUGAACGACAAAAGAGAGAUUCUGGUUGUCCAAGAAAAUAACGGAAGAUUCAAAGGGACGGGCUUGUGGAAGUUGCCUACUGGUACUGUUGACACGGGUGAGGAUAUAGGUGAAGCUGCAAUAAGAGAAGUGAAAGAAGAAACAGGGAUCAAGGCAGAGCUUAUGGAACUCCUUGCAGUCAGACAAAGCCACAAUCUAUCAUUUGGCAAAUCCGAUCUGUUUUUUGCAUGCAUGUUGAGGCCACUUUCUUUCGAUAUCCAAAAGCAGGAUUCAGAGAUAGCCGCAGCCAAGUGGAUGCCGUUUGAAGAAUAUGCAGCACAACCUUAUAUGCAGAAAAACGAACAUUUCAAUUACAUAGCCAAGAUAUGCGCGGCAAAGAUAGAAAAUGACUACACAGGAUUUUGUGCUCUUCCUGCAACAGCAGCCUCUUCUGGGAGGAGGAAGAGUUGCCUUUAUUUCAACAAUCAGGAGGGACUGGUGGUUCCGAAUGACAUCUCAUCACAGUAAACUAGCAGUACUGAAGAGUACUUUAAGUAAUCACAUCAAACAAGUUUAAUUACAUACACUUCCAUAAUGAUUUGUUUUAUUUACAGGCUCCUUUUUCUUGAAUUAGUUCAUCAGAACAAGGCGAGAAAAGGUUGCCAUUUUUUUGUUUAUUUUUACAUGUAAAGGGCCUGAGCUUUUCAGUCAGUGUAACUAAAAUUUACAAGUCCAGAUAUACAAACUAAUGGG